AGGUUCUCGGUGCGGGCGGCGGGGACCCCGAACCGGCGCUCGCGUCGCGCUCCUCCGUCCUCAGCGCCGGUGCUCCUCGCCGGGAGCCUGGGGACAGCGUCCUGGGGCCCAGGUCCCGCGUUUCCCUGCCUGCCCGAGGCCGCUGGCUCGGGAACCGAGGUGGAAAUAGAACUGAGACGAGCGCGAUCUGGGUGCCAGCGACGAAGCGCCGGAGGAGGACGCGCACAGGGUGGCUACUGGUCUGCGGUGCACCGGGCCGCUUGUGUGCCCAGGGUGAGCGGAGCCCUCAGCGCCCGCAGUGGCGGGGGCCGGACGGCCUUCACGGGUCGCCUCCUCAGCGGAGACGAGCCGGGCCUGUCCACCUGUGCGCGCCCGGGCUGACCCGCGCGGCCGGACAUGCGCUCACGCCCUCCGCCCGGCUUCUGUGCCCGCUGCCCGCCCGCCGGUCCUGGCCCGGCCAGCGUCCCGGCCCGGCCUCGGCAGUGCCGGCGUCCUCCGGGAUCAGGGGCGCACCUGCUGCUUCUGCCCGUGGUCGGUCCUCAGCACAGAACACACAGUCCUGGGGCUGAGACGCCCCUGUGGCGAGGGAGCCCGGAGUCCCGCACACUCGUGUGCCCCUCACAGCUUGUGAGAGGACAGUGUGGGGUUCCCUGCAGGGGAGCGUGCUCUGGGCCCCCCACACAGGGGGUCUGCGGGGCAGGCGGGUUCUUAGCUGACCUGGGGCCGCUGUGAGCCGGAGUCAGGUUCCCGCCAAGCAGCAUUUCUCCUGCAGCCGUUUGCACAGCUUGUGCUCACAGGGCAGCAGCGUUGAUGGUCGCUGAAGGCACGUGAAGCGGGACAUCGCCAUGGCGGGGAAGAGGCCGUCGGGCCCAGGCCGGCAGCGCUGGCUGCUGGGGCUGCUGGCGGCCGUGGGCGCCAUCCACCUCUUCACCUGCCCCUACUCCAAAGUGGAGGAGAGCUUUAGUCUGCAGGCCGUGCACGACCUGCUCUACCACCGGCUGGACGUGGACAAGUAUGACCACCUCGAGUUCCCCGGCGUGGUCCCCAGGACGUUCCUCGGGCCGCUGGCCGUGGCGGUGCUGUCCAGCCCUGCGGUCUGUGUGCUGUCCCUGCUGCAAGCGCCCAAGUUCUAUUCUCAGCUAGUAGUCAGAGCCGUCCUGGGACUCGGCGUGAUCUCGGGACUCUGGACUUUACAAAAAGAAGUGAGGCGGCAGUUUGGGGCCACGGUGGCCACCAUGUUCUGCUGGGUGACGGCCACACAGUUCCACCUGAUGUUCUACUGCACCCGGACGCUCCCCAACGUGCUGGCCCUGUCCGUGGUCCUGCCCGCCCUCACGGCCUGGCUGCAGCUGAAGUGGGCCCGCUUCAUCCGGCUCUCGGCGUUCGCCAUCCUGGUGUUCCGGGCGGAGCUGAGCCUGUUCCUGGGCCUCGUGCUGCUGCUGCUGUUGCGCUCGCGGAGGGUGACGGUGGCGCGGGCCUUGCGCUGCGCCCUGCCGGCCGGGGCUCUCUGCUUAGGACUGACCGUCGCCGUGGACUCCUGUUUCUGGCGAAGUCUCGUGUGGCCGGAGGGAAAGGUGCUUUGGUACAACACCAUCCUGAACAAAAGUUCCAACUGGGGAACCUCGCCGCUGCUGUGGUAUUUCUACUCGGCCCUGCCCCGCGGCCUGGGCUGCAGCCUGCUGUUCGUGCCGCUGGGCGCCACGGACAGGCGGGCCCUGGCGCUGCUGCUGCCCUCGCUGGGCUUCGUGGCCCUGUACUCGCUGCUGCCGCACAAGGAGCUGCGGUUCAUCAUCUACUCCUUCCCUGUGCUCAACAUCGUGGCCGCCAGGGGCUGCGCCUGCCUGCUGAACAACUACAGGAAGUCUUGGCUGUAUAAAGUGGGUUCCGCCCUUGUGGUAGGACACCUGGUGGUGAACGCCAUGUACUCGGCCACGGCCCUGUACGUGUCCCACUUCAACUAUCCUGGCGGCGUCGCGAUGCAGCGGCUGCACGAGCUGGUGGCCCCCGGGACAGACGUCGUCGUGCACAUCGACGUGGCCGCCGCACAGACCGGUGUGUCUCGGUUUCUAGAAGUCAACAGCGCCUGGAGGUACGAGAAAAAGGAAGAUGUGCAGCCUGGGUCGGGGCGUAUGCUGGCCUACACGCACCUCCUCGUGGAGGCGGCCCCUGCGCAGCUGGCCCUCUACAGGGACACGCACCGGGUCCUGGCCAGCAUCACGGGCACCACCGGGGUGAGUCUGAACCUGACCCGACUGCCUCCAUUUGACGUCAACCUGCAGACAAAGCUGGUGCUCCUCGAGAGGCUCCGCCGGCAUCCUGGCAAAUGAGACGAUACGAAGAGCCGAACCGGGGACGUGCCCCGGACGUACGCCUCAGGGAACAGGCCGGGGUCCUCCACGGCCAGCCCAGACCGAGCACGGCCAGCGGGGACUGCGGGCCUCACCCGGGGGCCUCUCGGAGCACCUGAAAAAGCGCCCCUUCGGGGGAGCUCGUGUGAGACUUGGUGUCGAGGCAGCACCGCUGGACGGCGGCCCCCGCCCACGCCCCGAGCCGCAGGGAGAAUCCUUCGUGGGCACGGGCACGCCAUGGCGUGGCAGCUCACGUGAAAUUGUGGGAAUUUAAAGAGGACGGAGAAUAAAAAUUUGAAUGUUUCCUUA